GAGGGGAGGGGCCGGAAGCAACUCUACGCUUCCUGGUUGCUAAGAGACAGGGCUUCCACAAGCCAGACCGAGGUUCUCCGGCUUCUUUUCCUCCCUUUUUCUGCUUCAGCGUCACCGAAUCCGGCUACCAUGUCGGACCCAGAAGCUGACAGCUUGCGAAGGACCUUUCCCUCUUACAUGGCGGAGGGCGAGCGGCUGUAUCUGUGCGGAGAGUUCUCUAAAGCCGCCCAUAGCUUCAGCAACGCUCUUCACCUUCAGAAUGGAGAUAAGAACUGCCUGGUUGCCCGAUCCAAGUGCUUCCUGAAGAUGGGAGAGCUGGAGAAGUCCCUGAAGGAUGCUGAGGCUUCACUCCAGAGUGACCCGACUUUCUGCAAGGGAAUUUUACAAAAGGCUGAGACCCUGUACACCAUGGGAGACUUUGAGUUUGCCCUGGUGUUCUAUCAUCGAGGCUACAAGCUGCGGCCUGACCGAGAAUUCAAAGUUGGAAUUCAGAAAGCUCAGGAAGCCAUCAACAACUCAGUGGGAAGUCCUUCUUCAAUUAAGCUAGAGAACAAAGGGGACCUCUCCUUCUUAAACAAGCAAGCUGAGAGUAUGAAAGCCCAGCAGAAGCCUCAUCCCAUGAGACAACUCUUACAUCACCCCAAGAGAGAGUCCAAGCGGAAGGGCUCGCUCAAGAGUGAGAAGAUUGUCCGCCAGCUCCUGGGCGAGCUCUACGUGGACAAGGAGUAUCUGGAGAAGCUCCUAUUGGAUGAAGACCUGAUCAAAGGCACCAUCAAGCAUGGCCUGACCGUGGAGGACCUCAUCAUGACAGGCAUCAACUACCUGGACACCCGCAGUAACUUCUGGAGGCAGCAGAAGCCCAUCUAUGCCAGGGAGCGGGACCGGAAGCUGAUGCAAGAGAAAUGGCUAAGGGACCACAAGCGCCGUCCCUCACAGACGGCCCAUUACAUCCUCAAGAGCCUCGAGGACAUCGACAUGUUGCUGACCAGUGGCAGUGCUGAUGGCAGCCUUCAGAAAGCUGAGAAAGUGCUGAAGAAAGUGCUGGAAUGGAACAAAGAGGAGGUGCCCAACAAGGACGAGCUGGUCGGAAACUUGUACAGCUGCAUAGGGAAUGCCCAGAUUGAGCUGGGGCAGAUGGUCGCAGCCCUGCAGAGCCACAGAAAGGACUUGGAGAUCGCCAAGGAAUAUACAGGGUUUGAGUGGAAAGAACUGACCCUGGUUCUUCACAUUCCCAGGUGGGAGGAGAAGAUCCCUCUGGCAAAAACCACCCUGGAGAAGACCUGGUUGUUCCACGAGAUCGGCCGCUGCUACUUGGAGCUGGACCAGGCCUGGCAAGCCCAGCAUUACGGUGAGAAGUCCCAACAGUGUGCUGAGGAAGAAGGGGACAUCGAGUGGCAGCUGAAUGCGAGCGUUCUGGUGGCUCAGGCACAAGUCAAGCUGAGAGACUUCGAGUCGGCCGUGAGCAACUUUGAGAAGGCCCUGGAGAGAGCGAAGCUGGUCCACAACAACGAGGCGCAGCAGGCCAUCAUCAGUGCCUUGGAUGAUGCCAACAAGGGCAUCAUCGAAGAGCUGAAGAAAACAGACUACAGGGAGACGCUGAGAGAAAAGAAAGAGAGAGAAGAGGCCACUGAAUUAGAAACCUUGAGAGCAGCGGUGGCAGGGAAGGAGAAGGAAAGCGCGAGAAGAGCGAGAGACGAGCCCGAGAAGGUGAUGAAGCACUGGGAGCGAGAGCUAGCUGACAGUGAGAAAGAGACGGAAGACGAGUUGUCUCAGGAAACUCUGAGGGUCGCAGCGAGUGGACAUGAAGAAAACAGGCAGAGAGAAGCAGGGGAAGCCAGCUCCUUCAGAACAGGGCUGGGAGCCACAGGGCAAGACUCAGGAGAUGUUGCCAAGGGAGUGUCCAGAGACCUGGGCACAGGAAGCGAGGGAGAGGAGAACGGGAAACCGUUAGAAGUGGGCAGAAUGGAAUCAAGAGAAAUUUACAGGAGGCCUUCAGAGCUGGACCAGAAACCCUUAGGAGAAUUAAGCAGAAGGAAAUCGCAAGGACUGGGGAGUCAAGUUUCAGAAGACAACAGAAGAGAGUCAGAAGAAAUAGGGAAAACAGAACUGGGAGAAACAGCAGAAGUGACAAAGGCAGAAAAUGGUGAAAACGUGGAAGAAGGUGAAAAAGAAGAUGAAUAAAGCAGCAGGCAUCAGGACUAGGGACCUUGGGGAUCUUAUUCAACUGGACUUGAAAUUUCAGGCUGAGAUUUUUCUUUCAUAGGAGAACAGGUGGACUGGGCUCCUCCACAGGUCGCCUCUGCCUCUUUCUGUUACUGUUUUCCUUUCAAUAGAUAUCUCUCACUCUUACAAACCCCGAGUCUGUCAUUUUGCCUCCCUGUUCACCCACAAGAGCCUUAGAGAAUGAGGACCCGGCUCGGGGUACCCCUCUCCAAGCAGAACGCUGACCUUACCCUGGCCAGG